CUCGGAUGCCGGUGCCACCCCCCCACUGGCGAUACUGCAGCAACGACCGCAGCAGCAGCACCAAUACCAGCAGACCGACAAGUGCACCGUCCUGAAGCUGGACAUGCUGAAGCAUCCCAUGAACACCACCAGCAGCACCACCAGCAGCACCACCAGCAGCACCACCAGCAGCACCAGCACCAGCACAAGUCACAGCGCAAACUCGAGCGCCACGUACCUGCAGAUCGAACAGCAGCUGAGCGAACUGGAGGCCGCCGACGAGGAGGAGGAGAACAUGGCCAGCCUGCUGGGCAGUGCGCCACCGGCCCAGAUCCUGGCCAAUCAGCCCAUCAUCGUGAAGAUCGAGCCGACCCAGUCCUUUCACAUCGUGGACGAGGGCGACACGCGGGUGCUGAGCCUGCCCCUCAGCGAUGCCGACAAGCUGGGCGCCAGCUGGAUUGACCUCAAGGACAUUGCCGGCCUGCAGGCGGGCAGCGGAGCCACGCUGCUGGACGUGUGCUUCGAGCAGACCAACGAGGAUGGCACCAUCAUAGCCACAGUGCAGCCCGAAUCGGAAAUGGAGCUGGAGGCAGAGCUGCAGGCCGAACUGGAGGCAGAGGAGGAGACGGACCAGGAGCCGCCAGCACCCAAGCGAUUGGCCAGGCAGCAGCCAUCGCGUACGCAGCACAAAUUCAUGUCGGAACCCCCAGCCCUGGCCCGCUCGAGCAGCUUCAGCAGCCUGAGCAGCUUCAGCAGCAUCAGCAACAUUAGCUCCGUGUGCAAGCAGUUGCCCAGCAACACCAGCGAGCAGUCCACCAUCAGCAGUCCCGUCAUCAUUAGCCAGACGAAGGGGCGCAGCCAGGACAGGGAUAGGCCCAAGGAGCGAACGACGCCACCGCCAAUGCCGCAGCUCCACGCACAAAAGUCUGCUGCAACGACAGCGGGCACAGCUGCCACAACGGCCAGAGAGCAUCACGGCAACAGCGGUGGCAGCAGCAAUGCCAUGACAGCUCAAAUUGAGAUAAUUCCAUGCAAAGUGUGCGGCGAUAAGUCAUCGGGCGUGCACUACGGCGUAAUCACCUGCGAGGGCUGCAAGGGGUUCUUCCGCCGCUCGCAGAGCUCCGUCGUGAACUAUCAGUGUCCGCGCAACAAGCAAUGCGUGGUGGAUCGUGUUAAUCGGAAUCGCUGUCAAUACUGUAGACUGCAAAAGUGCCUAAAGCUGGGAAUGAGUCGUGAUGCUGUAAAGUUCGGCAGAAUGUCGAAAAAGCAGCGUGAGAAGGUUGAGGAUGAGGUGCGAUUCCAUCGCGCCCAGAUGCGAGCCCAGAGCGAUGCGGCACCGGACAGUUCCGUGUAUGACACGCAGACGCCCUCGAGCAGCGAUCAGCUGCAUCACAACAGCUACAACAGCUACAGCGGCGGAUAUUCAAAUAACGAGGUGGGCUACGGCAGUCCCUACGGCUACUCGGCCUCGGUGACACCCCAACAGACCAUGCAGUACGACAUCUCGGCGGACUAUGUGGACAGCACCACCUACGAGCCGCGCAGUACAAUAAUCGAUCCCGAAUUUAUUAGUCAUGCGGAUGGCGAUAUCAAUGAUGUGCUGAUCAAAACGCUGGCGGAGGCGCAUGCCAACACAAAUACCAAACUGGAAGCUGUGCACGACAUGUUCCGAAAGCAGCAGGAUAUAUCGCGCAUUCUCUAUUACAAGAAUCUGGGCCAGGAAGAACUGUGGCUGGACUGCGCCGAAAAGCUUACGCAAAUGAUACAAAAUAUUAUCGAAUUUGCAAAGUUAAUACCGGGAUUCAUGCGCCUGAGUCAGGAUGAUCAGAUAUUACUGCUAAAGACGGGCUCCUUUGAGCUGGCGAUUGUUCGCAUGUCCAGACUGCUAGAUCUCUCACAGAACGCGGUACUCUAUGGCGAUGUGAUGCUGCCCCAGGAGGCAUUCUACACAUCCGACUCGGAGGAGAUGCGUCUGGUGUCGCGCAUUUUCCAAACGGCUAAGUCGAUAGCCGAACUCAAACUGACUGAAACCGAACUGGCGCUCUAUCAGAGCUUAGUCCUGCUCUGGCCAGAGCGCAAUGGAGUGCGUGGUAACACUGAAAUACAGAGGCUUUUCAAUCUGAGCAUGAACGCAAUACGGCAGGAGCUGGAAACGAAUCAUGCGCCGCUCAAGGGCGAUGUCACCGUGCUGGACACACUGCUAAACAAUAUACCCAAUUUCCGCGACAUCUCCAUCCUGCACAUGGAGUCGCUGAGCAAGUUCAAGCAAACACAUCCGACCGUGGUAUUCCCGGCGCUGUACAAGGAGCUGUUCUCAAUAGAUUCACAGCAGGAUCUGACAUAACAUGAACAGCAACAGCUCAUGGAGACGUCCGCGGAAGAUGUUGCUGAGGAUGCGGGUGCGGGUGCCACGGGGUGUGUCUUGCCACCUGUCACGCAGCAGUCGCUGCUCGAGGACUGAGCCCACAGCAGCCGCAGACACAGGACGAACGAUGGGCAACAACAGCAGCAGCAGCAAAUAUAGAAACAGCAGCAAAUACAACAACUUUAUCAUGAUUUAAGCUAGCAUACAACCAAGGAUGUGAUCCUCGCCAAGGACUCACUUAAAAAGAACUCUAUAUAUAUACAUAUAUAAAUAUAUAUAUAUACAUUAUGUAUGACAGAGCGAAAGAGAGAUAAGAGAUGAGAGAGAGACAGAGAGAGAGAGAGAACGCAAGGGAAGGGAAAAUAUUUCAAAAAUAUUGUUACUCAGUUAAGACUUGUUUGCUUCAUAGAGAAACCAAUUGCAUUUCGAGCAAAAGGGCUUCAUAGUUUUCGAUUUUCGAGGUUACGCAUCCAGAGUUCCAGAUUAUCCCACGAGUAUCCCCAGGCCAAGCCCUGAACAAGUACUUAAAGAUUCAAUUCAAGUCCCUCAUCAUCUGCUCCACGCCCCAGCCCCAGCCCCAGCCCCAGCCCUCGCCCUCGCCCACGCCCACGCACACACCCGCCUAGGUUGUCUUUUUGCCUUUCGUUGUAAACUGAAGUAUGUAUAUUAUAUAUGCAGGAGAUGUAUGUAUAACUAUGUCUUAGCGGCUCCAUGUGCACUCCGCGCGCACAUGGGAACGCAUUUCUUUGUAAACAACAAAAAUCGAAUAUCUCGGAAAAUGUGUUCUUACAAUUAUAUUGAUUAAUGCAAUUACAAUAUAUUUACAAUUUACCGUUACGUUUUUACAUUUUACAUUAGGACGAAGAAGAAGAUGAGGAGGCGAAUAAACGGAUAGGAUGAUAAGAAACAGAAAACGGGGGAAGAAUAAAUAAAACACAUAAGAAAAUUCAAGCAAGCACAUAAAAGUAUGCAAUAUUUUGUUUAAACACAAUUUUUUAAUUAAUUUCUUAUAUAUAACAUAAUUACGUACAUAAACACACACACACACACACACACGUAUAUAUAGCGCUAUAUAUAUAUAUACAAAUAUAUAUAUGUAUACAUGAUAGACAAAUCCCAAUCCGGUUCCAAGGUUUAGUAAAAAUAAAGAAAAAGAUUAAACAACAAAAAAAAAAGCAAACAAUUUUUGAUAUGAAAUCCUACGCAUAAUUACGAAACUUUUAUUGUUUAUAAGAUAACAACUUAAAUACAAAAAGAAUUCAUAAUAAAUCAAAACAGACUGACGGACGGACCCUGACAGCAUGCCCCCAAGCCCCAGCCCCAGCCCCCCCUCACAACCAGGCAACAAAAUUAUGCGAAAAAUUGAAGGAAAAGACAAAACAAACGGCAACUUUUUGGUUGAAACCUAAACAUAUGCAAUAUAUGUAUAACUGACUGACUUUACAAAGACGUUACACACACACACACACACACACACACACAUGCUUACAUUACAUAAAUUAGUUAAAGUUAGUGAAUAAAGAAAAACAAACAACAAAAAUAAACACAUUGGAUAGUAGGUGAUAAUUGGUGUGUCUUAACUACAAACCCCCCCCAAACCCCCCUUUGCCCCUGCCCACGCUUAUGCCCCUUCCCCCUAUCCCUGCUGCUACACCGUCAUUUUGUACUAAAUUUAAAGUUUAAACAAAAUAUAAUGCAGCAGGCAGGCAUAACUAUUAAUUACCAUUAAUUAUACGCGAGUAACAAGGAAAAUUAUGAUUAAAAUGUAUACACAACAAACAACAAACAAAAACAAAAACAAACAAAACUCAACAAAAAAACCAAUAAACUACAUUUUGCAAUUCCACAAAAACAGAAGAAACAAAAAACACAAAAACCUAAAGCGAAGAGAUAAUUUUUGCCCAAAGAUUCCGUUUUGACAUCUACACCCGCGCAGCAAAAGCUUACACUAGCCAACAUACAACUGGGACAGGGACAACAAAUUUGUACUGCAGUACAGCAAAACUCUGUUGGGGUUCUCUUUCGUUGCAUUCAAUCGAUUGGACGUCAUUUCAGUUCGACAUUUUUGGCCUUAGCAAAUAAAAAGAAAACAAAACAAAAAUAUAAAUAAAAUGAAUAAUAAAACAAAUUGGAUGAAACUAAGAAUACUUUAUAUAUAUACAACCCACAUAUACAUUAUAGAGAAUACGGAUCUAGUUUUAGUUUAUACAAAGCAAGGGAGCAGCUUUCAAACUUGAAAUAAAACAAAACAAAAAAAAAAACAAAUUAAAAACAAAAACAAAAACCAAUUCCCAACCAACCAAAACUUUGUUAAAAACUACCCCUCUAAAAAACAAUGGAAUAAAUACAGAAAACAAUAGCAAGAAAGGAUGCUAUUAAAUCUAUUAAAUCUAUUAUACAGUGACGUUGAGUUGGCUAGAGUGGAGGACGCGGCAACAAAGUGUAUCUAUAUAUGAUAUAUAUAUACAAGAAACACACAUAUAUACAUAUAUAUAUAUAGAUAUAUCUACUGUUAACUUUUUACGCUAAGUUUUUAGUGAAAGAAAUGGUUAAAUUUUUAAAAAAUAAAACUGAAAAUGAAAAAACUGAGAGCUCGACAGGUGUAAAAUGAGUAAAUUACAUUUAAAUUUAGCACAUAUAAACGGCAUAAUUAUUAUGUUACGAUAUUUACAUUUAUAUAGAAGAAAGAAACAAACAACAAAAAACCAAACCCGGAACUCCCCUCUGAAUAAAAAAUAUGACAAAGCAGAACAACUGAAAACGAUACGAGCGGCAGGCAGUCGUCGGUGUCCCAAGAAAAUAGCAAAACAGAAACAGAAAUCAAGCGAAGGUAAUAAGAAUUCAUUAAGUAUACAAGAACCUCUCUACAUAUAUGAAAGAAUGGCAAAUUAUACAUAUAUGAUAUAUGAUUAAGUAGCUCUAUUCCGACUGUUGCACAUACACAGACACAGAACACACACAUUCUCACACUCUGAGAUACUCGUAUGCUAAUGAGGGUCUCUGGCCGCUGCCCAUGACAGAUACACACACACACACACACACAAAACAUUCUCUAAAAGGUGUACAGAAAAGCAAUAUAAACACAGUGAAGGGAUAUAGCCACAGUGCGGAUCGACCAGACUGAUCCAUGAAGCUGAGACCAGGCCUCACAGGGAAUAUGUUCAGUUCUUUCAAUUUAAAGACUUAACUUUGCUUAACUUUGUGCUACAAUUGGUUGCAUCAACUGUGUACCCUGUCCGUGACUGCACAACGUGGCGUAUGCGCAACUGCUUUGUGCCCCCUCAGCCACAGUCACUCGACCUUUCUGGAUGCCCCUGCCAGACCAUCACACGGAGCAGGAAAAAAUUUGUUAUUUGUAUUUCAACGAGCAGGGCUCGAAGCAUGUUUAAUUUCAAGCAAUUCUAUUGCGUUUUUUAAUGCCCGAACACGAACAUAAAUAAAUCGGAUAACUUUAGACCGAUCCAAUACAAUAUUUACGCCGAACAUUCGUAAACAAAUCCCUAAUGAGCGGGUGGGGGGGCGGAAGGAAGGGGGUGGAGAGUGGCAGACGAGUGGAUGUUGCAUAAAACAAUAAUAAGACGAAGAUGAAUCAUGAAUCAAAGUACCCGGACACCCCACACCCACACCCACACACAUACGAACACAAUUGCAUUCGAAAGAGAAACAAAAAGGAAUCGUUUUUUAUAUGAAAAUUCACACACACACACACACACACUCACACACAUGCAUACGGAUGUAGUUUUAGUUCAUUAGGCGAAUUCGUUUUUAUAUAUUUGUAAAUUGUUUCUAGGUAAAUCUAAUUAUAUACAUACAUAAAUGUAACACGCAUGUAGAUACAUGUAUGUACGAUCCAGUUUAUAUAUAAAUUAUGUCAUACUGCAUUAUGGUCAUUAUUAUGAUUGAAACAGAAACCAGAAAUGGGCGAGCAUUGAGUGGAUAAGCCGCAGCAGAGCAGGCGGCAAAAAUGUUGCGAAAAUCCGCUUGAGAAAGACAUGCAGAAGCAGAAGAAGCAGUAGCUGCGGGAAAGCAGAAGUAAUUCAAUUCAUUCUUAACAAUAAAAUGUAAUCUGAAUUAUACAAAACCAAA